GCAUAGGAUUGCCUUUGCAUCGAUGAUAUUAAUUUUAACGUUAAGCUUAGGAAGAAAACUGUCGUGAGGACAAAAGAAGAAGUAUCACUCAUAUAAUACUCUGUAUCAUUUCAUUUCGAUAAUCAUCCAUAGCUACUGAAGAAAAUGGCAACCAUCUCUGCUGCUAUCACAACCCCAUCGAUCUCCCGCGCAACUCUUGUGCAAAAGCGGGUCUCAUCUCCCGUUCUUGGUUUGCCAGCAAUGGGUAAGGUGGGAAGAGUGAGUUGCUCCAUGGAGGAAAAACCUUAUUCUGUGAAGGAAAGCAGCUCUAGCAUGUUGGGGAUGGGGGCAUCUCUGAUGGCAGCUGCCAGCGCUGCAGCCAUGUCAGGCCCAGCCAUGGCCUUGGUAGAUGAGAGACUGAGCACUGAAGGAACCGGACUUCCCUUUGGCCUCAGCAACAAUCUUCUUGGUUGGAUCCUUUUCGGCGUCUUUGGUCUUAUCUGGACUCUCUAUUUUGUCUACACUUCCACUCUUGAAGAGGAUGAAGAGUCAGGACUGUCCCUUUAAAUAUCCUGGGUUGUAGGGUGGGUGAUGAUGAAUGAUGGAUUGUAUAAAUUGCAAUGAGUCCCCCUCAUCUUCUGUGUUGUUAAAACAAAUUUCUGUGCUUGAUUUCCUCUUCUUUCUUUC